AAUCCUGAGCCGUUAAGUCUUUCUCUGAUCCGACCAAACCAACACUGACCCAUGCCAGUUCGGUUGAAACAUGGCAUGCUGGUAUAAAAUCCUCCAACAGGGUCUCAUUUUAGAGUCUCCUGUUUUUUCACAUCCCUCAUCUCAGUCCUCUCGCAUUUUGUAAUAAGAGAGAUGAGCUCCCAGAUCUGCAGAUCUGCUUCUAGAGCAGCCAGGUCUCUUCUUUCUUCAGCCAAGAAUGCUCGUCUCUUCUCAGAAGGCCGAGCUAUUGGUGCAGCGACAGUGGUGUAUGCAUCUGGAAAAGUCCCUCAGUAUGCAUCUAGCUUUGGAAAAUCGAGUUCUGGCUUCGCCUCUAAGAGCUGGAUUACCGGACUCCUCGCACUUCCUGCUGCAGCUUUCAUGCUUCAAGAUCAGGAAGUACUUGCUGCAGAGAUGGAACGCACUUUCAUCGCUAUAAAACCUGAUGGAGUGCAGCGAGGACUGAUAUCAGAAAUCAUUUCCCGGUUUGAACGCAAAGGAUACAAGCUUGUAGGUAUCAAAGUCAUGGUACCUUCAAAGGGUUUCGCACAGAAGCAUUACCAUGAUCUAAAAGAGAGACCUUUCUUCAACGGCUUGUGUAACUUCCUUAGCUCAGGCCCUGUUGUUGCCAUGGUAUGGGAAGGUGAAGGAGUGAUUAGAUACGGACGUAAGCUGAUUGGAGCCACAGAUCCUCAGAAAUCUGAACCUGGAACUAUCCGAGGCGAUCUCGCAGUUGUUGUUGGAAGGAACAUAAUCCAUGGAAGCGAUGGACCUGAGACAGCUAAAGACGAGAUCAGCUUGUGGUUCAAGCCUGAAGAACUCGUUUCUUACACCAGCAAUGCUGAAAAGUGGAUCUACGGCCAGAACUGAUCACCAAAUCCCAUUCGCCAGCUUUGUAAGGCAAGGGAGCUGGUUACAACAUUUGAUAAAAAUAAGGACACGUUUACAUUUUCAUAACUCAUGCAUAACUUUUUGCGUACGUACCAUCGAGAGUGUGUGUUUGUCUUUUCAUUUAUUCAAGCUGAAUGUAUUUUUUUUUUUAUCAAAUAUACCUAAUUCACCUAAUUUAUUGAAAUAAAAACAA